AUGAUGCGACACGGAGUUACGGUACCGGCGCUUCUAUUGACAUUCGCAUCAAGUCUAGCUCUCGCACAAGAGAUUGACAACCAACUUGAGCGCAGAAAAUACCAUUUAAACGAUCCGGGCCCCGAGAACUUCAGAAUCUGGAACCGAGAACGAAAUGCACACGCUUGCAUCAUGUCCAUCGUCUUCAUUGUGCUCUACCCUCUGGGCGCAAUCUCUCUCCACCUCCCUAUCCUACACAUCCCAUAUCUAAGGAACACAUAUCUUCAAAACAAAGUCAUGGCGAUGCACGUUCCGAUCCAGCUGAUAGGGUUCGUCAUGAUGAUUGGAGGCUUUGGGCUCGGCAUCAAAAUUGCUUCGCGCGUUGGCUAUCUCAGCCAUCCAGUGCGCGCCCACGUCGUCAUUGGUUUCGUUGUCGUUUGCACAAUUAUACUCUUUCAGCCCCUCCUGGGGAUUCUGCAGCACAGGUACUUCAAGAGGACGGGUGGCAAGAGCAAAUUUGCAUAUAUGCACCGCUGGCUGGGACGGAGCGCCAUCGUCACCGGCAUGAUCAACACGGGGCUGGGGUUUCAGCUGGCUCAAAAGAAUGUGAUAAUCCACACGAGCUCGUAUGUCAGGAGUUAUGUCAUUCUUGGUAUUUUGGGAAUGAUCUGGGUUCUUUUGGUUCUUUAUGAUGAGCGAAGAUGGCGCAAGCAGCCGCCGUUCCAGAUGGAGGAGAAGAGGGAGUCACAGGAGCAAGAACAGCCACUGCAAGCUAUGACGACGUAA